AUGCCAUCCAGGACUCACAAAUCUCAUUUACAGCAACUGACAAUCAUCCUCACGGAAGAUCCACGACCACAAGACCGACAAACCAAUGGAAUCCGAAUCGUAGAUACGGUAAAUGCAAUCACAUUCUUUGAGUCAUAUGAGAGAAGGCAAUAUUGGCAAAAGUUUACUAGUAGUAGUUUCUCCAGUUACUACAAUGUGCUAACUCAUGCCUUGAACGCCAAAGGAGACUUACGAAAGCUUCCGAAAGAUAUACCUUCUUUGAACAUUGCAGAAUUUAUAUUGAUCGGUGCGCUUGAUGAAGAGGAUACCAGGGCUUUUGCGGAGUGUCGAGGAUACGAAACGCAACUAAAGAGGAAGGCUGCUGCUAGGGAUCGCGAACAGGCCAGACGUGAGCGUGAGGAAUCCUUGAAAAAAGCCAAAGCACAGGAGUAUAGAAUUACUCUCGAUGAAUACAUGGCUUUUACGAAAGAAGAAGCUAAGAAAUUAAAGAUUGCACUCCGCGAAGCUGAAAAGCAAUCCUACCUGGCUCAGAUCAGACGACUCAAAGAGCCGUUGACUUCUCGAACUCUAACAGCUCCUAAUCAAAAUGGGGAGGUCCGCGAUCUGGAGAGUGCGCCUCACGUAUUUCAAGCGUUUUUAAGUGGCCGAAAUGAGAGCUUGAAGCCCGGAGAAAAGAAAAUGAAAAACAAAGCCUUUGCUGAGCUUCAAGCAUUUAUACGGCAUGCGAGCAAUGAGCGCAAGUCUAGAAUGAUGGCCAAGGCAGGAGAGCUGGGGCUCUUAGAUAAGAGUAUGCUUGGAAUUGUUCGGGAAUGGAAGGUUGAGCGCAAGGAUGUUGUGGAUAUGGGUGAUGGGGGGAGAGAUGGUGUGGAGUCCCACUAUCGCAAAUCUGAUCCCAAAAAUAAAGAUGCGGAGUUGCUGGGUACAAUACAAAUGGAUAUGACAUUUCUGCGAGAUGAAGGUCUUAUCAGUGUUACCAAACCUCUGCCUAAUAUCCCUUGCCAGGACUUCUAUGACGUGGAGUUAGAGCUUGUGAUGAUUGUCAAUGACCGGAAUUUGAGAUAUGAAGCUCGCUGGCCAGUAGGUGGGAAGGUCUAUGGACAAGGUCAGAUCAGUAUCGCUGCAGCGUUCCGUCCCGGGACUAUGUUCACUCUUGUUGACAAUGUCAAGAUCAUAGGACUGAAUGAUUCUAUCGAGCUUGUUGAAUCAAAAUCUCUGAUCUUCGGGCGAGCGAAUCGUCAUCCCUCGUGUCGUGGAACUUGCCGGAGUAGGAAUCCUUUGACUAGGCGAGACCUCAACCAAAUAUCAGAGGGCUCCCAGCCCGAUGUUGCUGGGACCACACAGACCUCGGACAAUGAAUUCGCAAGUCUAAAUAAACGGGUAUUUACUGAUAUCGCAGAUGAUCGCUUGGACACUUUCCUACAAAAUCGGUUUGGGCCGAGAUAUAGGGGUCGUGUCAUUCAGGUUUAUGACCCAGCAACAACGGUUGGCAAUUCGGCGGAGUUCCGCUUCCUUGAGGAUGCUCCAGUCGAGAUGGGUGUUACCGAACUUUGUGGCUGUACAAUUGUCGUGGUGAUCUCUAACCAGGCAGUUUGGUUUGCACAUUUCUUUGAGAAUAUCUCUUUUGGUGAUGACGAAAUGCUCGAUGAGACAGUCCAAUUUUUCCAGGAUGGAUGGGAUAGUCUCGGGGGAAUUCUUUAUCAAAGCCUUCAAGGAAUUAGCAAUUUCUUUCCUGUCGACGGCCAAACGAGGGCCUAUAUCAUGACACCACAAAAGGAACGAGACACUGCUGUUCCGGAAGGUACUAUUGUUACCGACCCCAAUGUUUAUUACCUCCGGGGGCAAAAUUAUCCCGCGGAGGUUAGGAGACUAAGACAAACGAUCAAAAAUAUCAUACCACGAAUACCAAUUACUGUCUGUACUUAUCCAGCCUUGAACAAAGAGGAUAAACGCCCGCGCAUGGAAGCACUCUUCUAUACAAGACGUGGUAAAGCGUUAUUUCAGUAUGACCCACGCGCUAGGCAAGGCGCUCGCCCCAGCCGCGGUACCCGACUUUACUUCCAAGGGGUUAUUGUUCGCGAUCACUUCUGGACCCCAGAGAACAGAUUGCUAUCAGAAUUUCCAUCAGCACCUCCGCUUUCAUGCGCAGCAAAAAUUUACGACGUGAAUAAGUAUACGUGCUACAAUAAUAACACUUUAUGCCCUGUUCUGGAGGGCAUUCCAACUUUACUUUGUGGGGAUCAAUGCUAUCUCCAGUCACUUUAUACCUGCUAUGAUGAGGCAGUGCUUUGUCCAAUAGUGGAUGGUAAGCAUAGAUUGGCCUGCGGCUUAAGCUGCUAUCUCCCAACAGAAUACAGCUGCAGCAUGGGAGCGUUGGUUCAGCUUUCUGUCCACGACAAUUCCACUCAAUCGACGGGUGAUAUUAUUGUCGUUCCUACAAACCCUAUCACCCAAGCGCCAACAAAGUCACCGAGUCCUUCUCCUAGCAGUGUUCCGGGUGAUCAAAUAACAGAAGCAAUUUUAGAUGGUGUUACAUACACGAUUGGUCCACAGCUAACCACCAUCGUGGAAGGCGACCAUACCGUCACGGUUGGAAACGGAAGCCUUAUAAUUGGAUCGGAUACUAUUACGGUCCCCUCGAUCCAAACUGACCCGGUCAUCCUUACGACUGAUGGUGUCACCAUUACCUUCAAACCCGGUACUCCUUCUAUAACAUCUAGCCGCUGGCCGUCAAGCUCCUUCCCAUCGAGUGAUAUCAUAAUAACAACAAAUACCCCGGUACCAGGUCCAAAUCCAACCUCGAUCAUUCCUAGCUCUACAACGAUCAGCUCAAGUUUAGACCCACCAUUCCCAACACCCACGAGUUUGGUGACCGCAAUUACAGCAUACGAUGGAUCCAGUACGCAGGAAAUCACUUAUACCCCGACUACAUUCAGCCAACUUUCAACACUUACCAGUACAUCCACAAUCACAAUCAAUAUUGGGGGUGUGGUUACUUCAAUUGUUGUUGGUCCUGGCGGCACGGCCUGGUCGCCCGUGACUUCCAGUACAACACUUCCUGGCUUCCCUCCAGUCCCAAUGCCUACAAACCCCCCUGAACCUCAAAGUUCAAGCGCAAUUCCACCAAGAACUACAUCUUCGACUAUAGUCCCAUUCCCUUCGACCCAGUUCCCCCUUCCCAUAGUCACCACCGCCGUGGUUACGUCGGAUAGCCCUGGGGGUCCCGUGAUCACUACCAUAACAGGAACUAUAGAUCCUAGUGGAAGCAUAUCGCCCAUCACCACUCUGUCAACGGCGGCAGCUAUCCGUUCCGCAAGAUCUCUAGCCUCAAAACUCAACAGUGUCUCUGACGUGGUAGCAUCAUUUUCAUCAAGUACCACUGAUUCCUCCAAAGGUAGCUCUGCGACUGCCGCUGUCGAUUCAGCCGAAUCUGACACGAACGGUUUUGGUGGCGGUCUCGGGUUUUCACUUCCUGGUCUAUGCUUGCUAUUCUGCGGCCACGUCAGCAGCGCCGGGUCAAUUCUCGACUCGAUUAAGAGUAUCAUAUCAGCCAUAAUCGAUGGUUCGGCGCGGGAAGAUGCUCUUACAAAACCUUUGAACGACUUGGCGGAUAUUGCCGAUGCAUUGUUCGAGGAUGUAGAAGAAGCAAGUGAAAACGAUAACUCCCCAACAUCUACCAUCACUACUGCACCUUGCAGCACAGGAACUCCUAUCACCAAUUGUGCUAUACUAUGCGCCACAGGCACGUCGUCAGGCUCACCACCUACAACUUCUUGCUUCUCAACAACCUGCAGCGUCGAAAUCCUGUGUACGGGCAGUGCAACAACCUCCACAGCUCUUCGGCCCUACCAGUGUCCUUUGGAAUGGCCCACCACUGGAGGAAUCGAACUUUAUUCAUAUGAAGGCUACACAUCACUGCCUGAAGGUCCGAAACCAACCGACCUUCCGGAGGGGGAUGACAAUGGUGAGCCUAUCACAACCAGUACGACGGCUCCUCCCUCUACUUCUCCAGAUCCCACUCCAUUACCAAGUAGCCCAGAUCCCACUACGAAUAUACUUCCAACGCCAACGCCGGCACCACCGGCACCAUCGCCACCUCCUCCUCCUCCAGUGAUAUGUGGUAACCCUCGGCCUUGCGAUGCGGUUGGGUGUGCCGGAACAGUUGUCAACAACAAAGCAACCUGCAAGGCUGAGUUUGCUAACUGUGACUGCAUCCCAAAUGCCAACACACCUGGGUUCUCAUGCGGAAAUCCUCAAUCUUGUGAAAGUAACAAUUGUGCCGGCAAAUUUGCCAAUGGAAAAGCCACCUGUACCAACGCUUUACCCGGCUGCAUAUGUAACCCAACUACAAGAACGCCAGGAUUCUCAUGUGGGAUCCCACAAUCGUGUGAAGCAAAUGACUGUCGAGGAACCACUGGCGUAGACAAUGUUUCUACCUGUAAAUUCAACUUCGCUGGAUGUAAUUGUAUCGCAAGCAAGAGUACCCCGGGACUUUCUUCAGGCGAAAACCUCAUUUUGGCAGAUUGCGGCAUUGGACUUGGUGCCAACGGCGGUUCUACAUCUCGAGAAAUGAUGUACUUUCCCGGCGACGUUUGGAAAUCUGAUGGCUCAGUCGCUAACAAGCCAACCAUGAUGGUAAAUGUGCCUUGGGAUGGAUCCUAUCCCUGGCGACUCAGCGGCGUGUCAGUCAAAUUCCCCAAUGGAGAUAAAUUCACAGUGACCAUCAAUCCCGGUGUGAAAGACCCCUCACUAUCCGGUUAUGCAAGCCACAUCUACAACGACGUCCCUCUAUACUGUUACUCAUUCCAUAAAGACAAGGUCUACCAGCUCGAUGACAAGAAAUGGUGUUCCUCAGCCUACGUCUGCAACCACAGCAAACCUCCAGUCUUCGACAACAGACCAAGUCCCCCACCCGCACCGCAACCUCCUACGCCUCCACCACCAACACCCCAACCACAAGAAGGUCGCCAAACAGUCUUCACAAUCGACAAAGACUACGUCCGCAUCUACUCCCAAACCGCAUCCAUGAUAUUCUCCCAUCUCCGCACCAAACUCCGCACCCUCGACUGCGACACCACGCCCAUAACCCUGAACGCGCAAUGCAGCAUCUCCUUCACCUGCGAAAAGAAAUCCGGGCCCCUCUGGCUCACCACCCUCGCCGAGUUCCUCAUCACGGAAAUGCCGAAACGGCCCGGGUUCGCUAAUGUAGAGGAGUAUACGUAUGAUGGGGUUUGUAAGAAGUGGGAUUCGAGACCGGGGCAUGAGGGUGAGUGUUUGGCGUAUACGACGAAGACGGAUACUUAUUUGUAUGUGCCUGAGACGCUGGAUGUAAAGGUGCAGGCGGUGAGGGUGGCGGAUGGGGGGGUGUUGAGAACGGAGAGUAGUAUGGGGUAUAGGAUUGCGUGUAAGGAGAGGACGGAGGAGUGUAGGUUGUGUAGGCUUUUGAAUAGUGCUGGGGUUGCGCCGUGGGGGGGAUUGUUGUAUACGAAUUGCGAGAAGGGGUGUAGUUGA